AUGUAAAGUAAUAUUUCUCAAGUCGGCAGUUUUCGUUUAGCACAUUAGAGGCGCAUUCUACGAGGAAACAUAAAGCUAUUUCAUUUGAAAUUAAAACCCAGCUGUCAAAGUAUUUCCGUAAAUUAAUUAUAAAGCAUUAUACACUCGUUAGUUAUGCUCCUAUUGGGAUCAGGAGAUGGCAUUUUGCAUUUCCUGUCUCAGAAUUGUAAAGAGAUAUUUAUUGUAUUAAUUCAAACUAAACCAAUAUUAAAUAUGGAACAUAUAUUGCUACCUGCAUACAUCCUAGGUUAUAAUGUACCAUCAUCGAACUUAAUGUUGGUUUUAUAGACAUUAAGUUUCAUACAAAAGCCAAGCCCAUUUUUUCGAGAAUUGUGUGGACAGAUAGGCAAAAGUUUAAUUUUUCCAUAUCCUAAGUAAUAGUGUUCACUUAUACUCAGCCAUUAGAAAUUUUACAUAAAUAAUGCACGAUUUACAGAUACAACACCAAAUAGGCUAGUAUUAUUCUAAUCUAUUACGCGUUAGUCCAUGUUCAUGGUUCCUUAAAUUAUAAAAGAAAACUAAAUGGAAAGUCAUCAAUAGAACACGUAAUGUCAACAUGAUAUGAUAAACACGUAUGGAUUUAAUAAAACUAAAAUGCAUCGAGUGUACAAUUUUGAGUAGUAAAGUUAAAUUGUAGAAAAGGAAUGUAAAUUAAGAAAAGAGUUAAAGGGAACUGAACAUUUCAAUUCGCAUUCUAUGAAAACAAAGUAAUGGAAACUUACAUUAAAAUUUAUUUCUCCCUUUACUGUAGGGUUAAAGUCAAUAUUGCAUCCUUGAUAUGAAGUACUAAUUAUUAAUGAUAGUGUUUCAAGUACUAAUUAUAAAGUGCUUCAAGUGUUUACGUGAUAAAUCCAUUAGAUAUUAUCAUCUACAUUACAUCAAUACCGAGAAAUUUUGCAAUUCUGGUUAACAGUUACGAGUAUUUGUCACUCUUACAGUAGAUAAACAUUUUAAACCCAAACCUAGUGAUGUGAUAUUGUUGAAGAUGUUUAAUGCGUGGUUAUGGCAUAUAAUCGGCUACGCAACGACUGUUUUAAUUACAUUAUACGUAUUUUACUGGUACAACAAACGGGCUUUUAGCUACUGGAGGGAUCAAGACGUACCUUAUAUCUCACCUGACUGGGUAUUUGGAAGUAUCAGGAGAGAAAUUUUAAGGAAAGAUACCUGGUCCAGUUUUGUCAUCAAAUGUUAUAAUAGAUUCAAAGACCAGGGGUUUGGUGGUGUUUACUUUUUUAGAAAGCCAGUGAUAUUUAUAUGCGAUCCACAUUUGAUAGAGAAGGUUUUGAUACAAGACUUUAAUUUUUUUCACGAUAGAAGUCUGAUUGAUAACGGGGAAAAGUUAUCUUGUUCGCUUUCCCAAGGCACUGGAGAAAAGUGGCGAAGAAUGAGAUAUAAAUUGGGACCGACAUUUACUUCGAGAAAAAUUAGAGGCAUGUACGAACAAAUCUUAAACUGCAGUGGUUACAUCCUAGACAGAAUAAGUCAACAUGAUGAAAAGGGAGAACCUGUCGAAGUGGAGCCCUUGAUAUUUUUGUUUUCAACCGAAACCAUUGCUAGUUGUUCAUUUGGUUUGCAACUUCUCUCUGAUUGUUGUGAAGGUCUAGAAUUCCGGCGAAUUGCAGAGCUGAUGUACGACUCGUCACCAAUACAACUGACAAGAGUGAUACUGAGUAUGUUAUACCCUGAGGUGUUCAGAUUGUUUAGAUUCAAGAUAAUUACUCAACCGGUCACAGACUUUUUUUUAAGAUUGACAAAAUCGGUGAUUAAGUAUCGAAAACAGUAUCAUGUAAAGAGAAACGAUUUUCUGCAAAUGCUCUUGAAAUUAAAGGAACAAGAAGAUACUGACAAAAUAUCUCGUGGUGUGAAUGUCAACGGAGAUGAAAAACAGUGUUAUAGUCCUUCGAAACGAAAUUUAAUGGAGGAAAAGAUUUUUACAGAAGAGUGUAUAGCGUCCCUGAUGUACAACUUUUUCGGCGCGAGCCUAGCCCCAUUAGUUGUGACGAUUAGCUUUGCACUGUUUGAAAUCGCUUCUAAUCCAGAUAUUCAGAAGGCUCUGCUGACAGAGAUCGAAUCGUCAACCAAGAAGCACGCAGGAUGGACAUACGAAGCCGUGAUGGACAUGACCUACCUCGAUCAAGUGAUCCAGGAGACACUGAGGCUGUACAAUUAUAACCAGGUGUUGAUGAGGAGGGUCACCGAGAACUACACGGUCCCUGGCACAAAUCUGGUCUUGAAGAAAGGGAUGGUGGUCCACAUCCCUGUAGCCGGCUUGCAUAGUGACCCUGGUCACUACCCAUCCCCGGAGCUGUUUGACCCUGACAGAUUUACGGGUAACAACUACAAGUCCUCUCUUACAUUCCUGCCGUUUGGUGAUGGACCGAGGAUUUGCAUUGGAAUUAAAUUUGCUGUAUUGACUAUGAAGGUUUGUAUAGCUAGGAUUCUACACGACUAUGUAAUCAGAGUUGAUGGUAAAAUGCCAUCUCCUUUGGUGUUUGAUCCAACCUAUGUUUAUCCUAAAGCAAAAGGUGGAAUUUGGUUAUCUUGUAAGAAAACCAAACAAAAUAAUUGAUUAAAUAUAUGGAAAAUAAGAGUCACAUUUUUGUCUAACAUGACAUAUUAUUUGUUAAGUUCGGUUAAGUGUUUGAAGAAGUAUGUUGAAGUUCAUUUCUAUUCAUUGACACUACAACACAGUAUCUAAAGCUUUAAUUAAACAUUCAACGAGGCAUAGAAUAAAUAUGUUACCUUUAAAUACCGGACCUGGUCUUAACCUGGUAUAUCUUCUCUGUCAUGUAUUUUUGAAAUGUACAUUACAAUUACAGACGAAUAAAAUACUGUGAAAUCCAAAAAAACA